AUGCCGCCUAGAAAUACAAGAAACCUGAGCUCAUCAGGAGACGAAGUAUCCGAGGGCAAACCGGACGCGUCGACCAAAGCAUCGUCAUCGAAGCGAGCGAAGGAUCAAGAUGAUAAUGAGGGUAUUGAGCCCAAGAGCAAGAAAUCCAAAUCAUCCGACAACAAGGAAACUUCCGGCGGUGAAGUGGAGAUAGAAGAGAAUGAAGAUGGUGAUUCGUUCUUCAAGCUCAGCGAAUAUCGUCGAUUGACCGUCCGAACAUUUAAAGGUAAAGUCCUGAUCGACAUUAGAGAGACGUACAAGGAUAAAUCGACUGGUCAGAUCAAGCCUGGUUCAAAAGGUAUAAGUCUCACUAAAGAACAGUGGGACGUGCUGAGAUCGAAUAUCGAAAAUGUCGACGAUAUGAUAGUCAAGGUCAAUGAGAAGUGA